AUGAACGCCAGGUCUCAGACACUAGAACUGACUGUAGAACCCAGGCAGGUAAAGGAAGCUGUAGCUAGUUUAUUUCAUACAGUUCUGUUUCACCGAACAGUGGGAAAGUUUGAAUUCAUUCCUGAAACGCCACGCUAUACAGUUGGAACUAUUGGAUUCUGCGAUGUGGAUUGUGAUUUUAUAGAUCUUACCUAUGUUUGUUGUGAUUCCGAGGAUUUAGAUCGCAAUUUGAAGAAAGAAAUUUCGGCGUUUUCGGACUCCCUACAUAGGAGUGCACAGCAGACCACUGGGCAAAUAUCAUUGGAAUUUUUCCAGCGGAAGAAAAACAGGUGGCCAUUUCCUAUAGAAAGUACAUGGGAAGUGUGGACGGUACGUGUGGAAAUUAUUAGGUUAAACAGUGAAUACGAAAGAGAACUAUCAAGAGAGAAAGUUGGUGAUAUGUUGACCGAAAAAAUACUCUAUAUUGUCGAAGUAAUGAAUAGAAACUCAUAUAUUCCAGAAUUUCCCGUUGAGGCAGAAGUGGAUCUUGUUUUUGAUACAACGUAUGAGGGGAUCCAGCCAUACUUAUUUAAGUUAUCACAUACAUUAGCAGGUCCCCCGAACAAUACUGUUGGUUUAACAAUGAAGAAACUGUGGAAAGAAACUCUUACCUAUUGA